CCUCUCCUACCUCCCCUCCCUCCCGUCGGGACGCGGCCCUGCCGAGGCGGCUCCUCCGCGCCCCCGGCCCGGCAGCGCCGCCAGCCCGCCGCUUAGCGCGGCGCCGGGCCCGGGAGCAGCCUGGUGCGGGGCCGUUCCUGCGCGGCGGGCGCGGCCGGCCGCAGGUGUGUGCCCGCCUGGCCUCCCGCCUGCCUGGCCGGUGGAGGCGGGGAUCGGGCCGCAGGGCCGGAGCCCCGGCGGGGUUGGUGGGGCCGCGUCGGGCCCCUCAGGGAGGGGAGCCGGGGAGCGGCGGCGGUCCCUCCUGCUUCAGGCUGACACAUGGACAGUGGGAGAUAACUGCGUGGCCUGAUAGCUGCUGUCAGUGCAGUGAGGAGGCAGGGGACCAGCAAGUAAAUACUGAACAGGACACGACUGCAUGGAGAGUGCUAAACCACGCAAUGAGUUCUGGUCCUAGCAGGAAGGAACAGUCAAUCAGUGAAAUCAGUGAUCUGAAAUUCUUGGAUUUUGCAUGUUUUGGUGCCCAUGACAGCAACACAAGCAAGACUUUAAAUAGAAUUGUCAUAAUGUUUCUUCUUUCUUUUUUUUCAAACUAAGUAAAAUGCUUUCUGUGGGGACUUCUGCUUCUGAUGCCAGGACUCUUUUGAAGACUUACUCUGUCGCUUGGCUUAAAGGAAGAUGAUAAAUUCUGAGCAUCCUUCAAGAGGCUGGUGACCCUUCCAUCAUUGGUGAAUGCUGUCAUGGACAGCCUCAAAGGCUCUUUUCCAAAAUACUACAAGCAGUUAAUGCACCUUAUAAAGGACUCCUGACCUUUCGCAUCUUCCUAAGUCAUAUCUAGAUGUCACCAGUGUUUCCCAUGUUAACAGUUCUGAGCAUGUUUUACUAUAUGUGCCUUCGGCGCCGAGCUAGGACAGCGACGAGAGGAGAAAUGAACAGCCGGAGGGCUAUUGAAUCAAACACCCGAGCCUUACCUAUCAAUGUUGAAAUAGUUCAGUAUGCCAAAGAAGUGCUGGAUUUCAGCUCUCACUAUGGUAGUGAAAACAGCAUGUCGUAUACCAUGUGGAAUUUAGCAGGUAUUCCAAAUGUGUACCCUAGUUCUGGUGACUUUACUCAGACUGCUGUCUUUCGAACUUAUGGGACCUGGUGGGAUCGUUGCCCUAGCGCUCGGCUGCCAUUCAAGAGGACGCCACCCACCUUCUGUAGCCAGGACUAUGUGGAACUUGCUUUUGAGGAACCAGUUUAUCCAACUGCAGUGCACAUUUUGGAAACGUAUCAUCCUGGAGCUGUAGUCAGAAUUUUGGCAUGCUCUGCAAAUCCUUACUCACAAAAUCCACCAGCUGAAGUAAGAUGGGAAAUCCUUUGGUCCGAGGCACCUACAAAGGUGAAUGGUCUUCAGGCUCGGCAAUUCACACCUUGUAUCAAACAGAUAAACUUUCCCACAAAUUUAAUCCGCCUGGAAGUGAACAGCUCUCUUCUGGACUAUUACACUGAACUGGAUGCAGUAGUACUACAUGGUGUGAAAGAGAGACCUGUGCUUUCACUUAAGACUUCGAUGAUUGAUAUGAAUGAUAUUGAUGAAGAUGAGGAUGAAGAAAAGUAUGGCUGUGGAAUGGACACCCUUAAUAAACAGUUCAGCAUUGUUACCCUCAGGGAAUGGCCAACUAACGGAUAUUUUGAUAAACUGCCUUAUGAGCUCAUCCAGUUGAUUUUGAGUCACCUUACAGUACCAGACCUGUGUAGACUAGCACAAACUUGUAAGCUACUAUAUCAGCAUUGCUGUGAUCCUCUACAAUACAUUCAUCUCAGUUUACAACCGUACUGGGCAAGGAUUAAUGACACAUCUCUGGAAUACCUACAGUCUCGCUGCACUCUCAUCCAGUGGCUGAAUUUAUCUUGGACUGGAAACAGGGGAGCCAUCUCUGUUUCUGGGUUUAGCAGGUUUCUGAAAGUUUGUGGCUCUGAACUGGUACGUCUUGAGUUGUCUUGUGGCCAUUUCCUGAAUGAAACAUGCUUGGAGGUUAUUACUGAAAUGUGUCCAAAUCUUCAGGAAUUAAAUCUCUCAUCGUGUGAUAAAAUACCACCUCAGGCUUUCAACCACAUAGCCAAAAUGGGCAGCCUAAAGCGUCUCAUUCUCUACCGAACAAAAGUGGAGCAAACAGCCCUGCUCAGUAUUCUGAACUUCUGCUCGGAGCUGCAGCACCUCAGCCUGGGCAGCUGCGUCAUGAUUGAAGACUAUGAUCUUAUAGCAAGCAUGAUGGGAGCAAAAUGCAAAAAACUUCGCAGUCUGGAUUUGUGGAGAUGUAAAAACAUAACUGAAAGCGGAAUAGCAGAAUUGGCUUCAGGCUGCCAGCUUUUGGAAGAACUCGAUCUUGGCUGGUGCCCUACAUUACAGAGCAGUACAGGCUGUUUCACGAACCUUGCACGUAAACUCCCGAACUUGCAAAAGCUCUUUCUUACGGCCAACAGGUCUGUGUGUGACACAGACAUUGAGGAGCUUGCUGCUAACUGUACGCACUUACGGCAGCUGGAUAUAUUGGGGACGAGGAUGGUAAGCCCUGCAUCUUUAAGAAAAUUGCUGGAGUCUUGUAAAGAUCUUUCUUUACUCGAUGUGUCCUUCUGUUCACAGAUUGAUAAUAGAGUUGUCCUAGAACUGAAUGCCAACUUUCCUAAUGUGUUCAUAAAAAAGAGUUUCACCCAGUGACUCACCACAUAUGCUGCUGUGGAAUUCAUUUGACAGAGUUGUUUCCUGUGAAUUUGUGCAGACUUUUUUAAGAAGAAUAUAAAUCCCCUACAAAAUAGUGGAAAGUAUCUACACAAAUGGGUAAAAUAUAUUUAAAUAUAUUAUGCAUUUCUUAAAGAGUUGAUAUUGUACGUAAGAAUUGUUUUACUGUGUUAAUUGGUGGCACUGCAUGUUUUUAAAUACCAGCCAUAUGUGUGACUUUGAUGAGAAGAAAAUAAUGUCUUCUUAAAUGUCCCUUCAGAGGGUGUUACACACAAACUAUGUUAAUAUCCUGUGUUAAUAGGUGAAAGCAGAAGUUCAGUAUUUAGCAGUAAGAAAGAUGGGUGCUUCCUUUUUAUGUGUAUGUUUGUGUGUGUGUGUGUAUAUAUAAAAAUGUAUAUAGAUGUAUUUGUAUAUACAUACACACAUACUGCAGCAUUCUAGUGUGGCCUGUAGCAUAAGAUGUUAUGAUCUGGCCUGUAAUGAGUUGUUUUGAAAACCUGUUAAUGCUUGUAUAAGAAUGGAUUGAAAAGACAUUUUGUCUUCACUGUUUUGGUAGCAAAUCAUAUCUGACACUUUUUUCUCCCUUCCUGCACCUGAAUUAGAUGUAGUGAUGUUUUACAGUCCAGCCUAAGCGGCACAACAGAUAAAUGCAAGAAUCUUCCACCUCAACUUAGAGCAGAAACGAAAGAGAAAAUUGCCAGCUGCUUCUUGGUAUUGGAUAGAAAGUUUGAGCCAGGUACUUAGUGUUGUAACUGGUAAUGUGUAGAAAACUCCAGAGCAAUUUUCUUUUCAAAUUUCUGUCCAUGGUCAAGACUUGAUUUGUGAUACAUCUGGUUAUCAUGCAAAGUCCCAUACAAAACAGAACUUAGAAUAAUGCAUCAGCCACUGUCCCUUACACUGGCAUCAAAUCUACUGUCAAGUGUAAAAACACAUUUUGUUCAGUAAAACAGCAAUGAAAAUAUAGUGAGUUUGAAACAAGGGCAAUACAAUUUGGUAAUUUAAUAAUCACCAAAUCUUAGUAUUGGAUUUGUUUUGGUUUGGGGUUUUUUGUUUGUUUUUUUUUUUUUUCCAAGAGGUGAUUGCUCAAUGUACUAUUGCACUCUCUCUCUUUAACACUGUUUAGCCUCUGGAGAAGGAAAAUGGUGUCGAUGGACAAAUUCUAGAGGUUUCCUCCUUUUGCACUUCCUUGGAUGAAGUUUUUAUCUUUUUUUUCCAUGAAUACCACUGCUAAUGUUGCUAUGUACAGCUUGAGUUCAGAAUUUUACCUUUGUAGCCAUGUUGACGAAAAUGGACCAUGAAAUAUAGCCUGUCAUGUGAUAUUGGCUCCACUAUCCUUGUAUUGAUGGCACUUACUACCUUCUGGAAUAAGAAGGAAAAUAUGUCUGGCAGAAGUACAUUAUUGCACCGAAGAUUACUGGCAAAGAAUACUUCAGUUUAUGCAGUAAAUAACCAACCGCUACUAGAGGACUGCUACAAAUCAUUAAAGAUGUGACGAUCUUUACGACUCCUGAAAGAACGCUUUGAACUCUUUGUGCUGGUGCCAAUACUUCAUAAACCGUGUCAUGAAACAGCUACAGAACAUUUAUCUGAUUUUAUAAAAAGACCUUUUCCUUCAGAUUUUUAAAUUUUACAGAAUCUUUGGGGAAUUCCAGAUCCAAAGAAGGGCAUGUGCAGUUGGCUUUUUUAUUUUUUUCUUCCACACAGAUGGCACUAUGGGAUUUCCAACUAGAUUAUGCCAUUCCAUUAUUUUUAUUUCCAGAAAACUGGACAUUGUCAGAGAUAUUGAGAUUGAUUUACCUUUUUUUUCCUUCCCCACUGACAGGUGUCAGCUUGGGUGUGAAUCUGUGUGAGACCUCAUUUCUUUCAAUCAGGUUUAGGUUGAUUUAUUUUUCUGGGAACUUUUCAUGUUUUUUUUAAUCUACAAGUAAUAUUUUUCAUUGUAAUUGAUUAUUAAACAUUAUUGUCCUAGUUGUAGGAGAACACAGGUUCAGAUAAUGGGAGUUUACAAAGAACAGUAUUUCAGAACAAAUGUUUUUGUUGUGAAAUUUCACUUCUCAGGGUGCAUCUGUGUUUAUAUCCUUUUUUCUUAGAGAACCUCCAUUGUUUUUCACUGUAAAUAGAAUGGGAUGUGGAUGAAGUGAUAGCCAUUGUGCCUUCAAACCAGUAAACUUGGUAAAUAAUAUGGUUUCAUUUCUACAGCAUUAGUGAAUCAAAUAAGUGUUUUUGUAAUCAUGUAUGUGUAAAGGAUUUCAUUCUCCAUUGCUUUUUAGGUAGUAUAAAGGAGGUUUAAAUUGAUGUUUUGUUCUUACUAAAGGACUUCUUAUGUUGUGCCUUCAGUUUGAAAUUGGUUUGGCCAGGAAUUCUCUGUUGUCACUUGAAAGAGAAAUUGAAGUCUACUUUUUAUUUGGACUGUUUAAAAUUUAGCAGUUGCUAACACAUAAUUCAAAUAGCUGAGAAAUAAUUGGGAAAGACUUCCAUCUGUAGUUGUAGACUUUAACCUUCAGUCAGUGGGUAAGAAGCUCUUUUAGCUAUGGCUUUAUACCUCCAAGAAGUCUUCCAGCAAAGAGGGGAUAGACCAGACUUGAUAUUUCUCAUAUUUCCAGGAUAAAGAAAACAACAUGCUUUCAGACCUUCCUUAUACAUCGCAAAGAAGCAAGAAUAGAUCACUGUCUUCUUAGUUCUGUUAUUUUAAAGUUGUGUGUGUAUAUCUAUUUAUACAUCUAUAUGUAAAGAUUAUAUAUAUACACACGUUUGUGUGUAUAUAUGAAAAUUCUUUGUGUGUAAUACCUAUACAUAUAUGUAUAAAUCUCAAAGUUUUUCAUGUAGAAAUUUGUGAAGUGAAUGUAAUAGCAAAAGGUGUUUCAUAGCAGUUCUGUUUUCAACUGUUGUUUUACUGUCCCUGGAGACUGAGUCCCUCUCCACUCGUGCAGCAGGAAAACCAUGGGCAGGAGGUGUGCUGGAUUUCCUGUGUUGCUUUGCCGAAGUGCCUUUUGGUUUGUCUACACGUGAAAGGUGUUACAGGGUAUGGUAGAGCGUGAACGCGAAGUCCGAUAACUACUGUGGACUGUCUCCUUGUGAAGCAGUCAUAUAGAGGGAAAUUGUUCUAGUUUCAUUUAGUCCAAAAUUAAUAAUGUUAGUUCCUCAGUCAAAGGAAUUGAAUUAUUCUGGAAUUGGGUUGUCAUCUCCAACACUGGACCGUCCCUCAGUCAUGUUAUCUGAAUUCUGCUUUUAAGGAUAUUCCAUUUUUUUUAAUCUUGUCUGUCUUUCUGAAGCAUUGCAAAAGAUGUGCUUUGGCAACAGAUGUUAAAAAAAAAUACUGCUAACAUGACCAAAAAAAAGGCUUGCUCUGGAGUGCUCCUGUUUUUAAACUAAAGGGGUGCUUCCAUACUAUCUGUACGAAAUUGUUGUGGGAUGGUGUGUGGGUAGGUAUGUCAUUCUUUUGGUAAUUUUAAAUAUUAAUAUGAUAAUUUUACCAUUUAAAGCAUCUUCCCAACUCUUGAAGGCUUCAAUUCAAGAGUGUACUUGUAUUCAUAACCCUGAGCUGUCUGGCUAGAUAGCUCUAUGGAAAUGGAUGGUGUUUCUGUUGUUUAAAUUACGCAGUUGAUUAAGUCCUGCUCACUAAAGUACUUAUAUGGAAGAACAGUUCUGCAUAGGAGUUUGGACCUUAUAAUCCCCAUGUAUUCGGAGGCCCAAAUUUCAGACAAAAAAAAAAAAAAGACUGAUUCUUUCCCUGGGGCUCUCAUGCCAACUUUUCCAGAUACAAGAUGUCCAGUAAUCACAGUACACAGUGAGUAGAAUUCAUCUCACUGAAUGUUAGCACUCUGAAAGUUAGACACCUCAUUUAAGGCAGGAAUCUGGGGACCUCUAGAGACCUAUUAAUCUCCUCCUAAGAUAGAUAUUUAAGGAAAGUAAAAUGAAUAAUUUUCCGAGGACUGGAAGCUGUGAUUUAGCUCAGGUUAGAUACUUUGCUUUAGAAUACUAAACUGAGCUUCAUGCUAUACAGCGUUGUACUGCCUGUCUUGGAAUAGCAAAAAACAAGACUGGAACAUCCAUCCACAAACCUCAAAAUCCUCUAAAAUCCUUCCAGAAAGAAGCAAAUUAAAGAGAUGCUGACAACUUGAAAAACUGGUGUUUUAAAUGCCAGGUUCUGCUUAUGCCCCGGAGUCCCUUGCCAAUGAAUGCCUGUGGUAUGUCUGGGAUGUUGGGGUUUUUUUUGGUGGAAAUGCAUCCCCUUUCCCUGUUUUAAAAUCUCAUGUACCUAACUAGCUAUGUGUGUAUAGUUCUGUAAAUGCAUGAAAUUAAUGGGAAUAUGUAAUUAAUGUAUUGCAGAUAUUUUGAUAAUCUUUCAUAUACCUAUAAUCAAGACUCUGACUAGUUCCACUGCUCUCUUGUCAUCAGAAAUGUUACCCACUGUGCAUUUGCAAGAAAUGUGUGUUUAGUCCUGGUUCUUACUGUGUGUACUUACUGCAUCUUAUGGGAUAUGUUUCCCACAUCACACCUGCAGGACUACUAAAUUUACAAAAACUAGAUGAAAUGUAGCAUUUUAUUACAUGGAGUAUGGGGGUGACUUAAUACACUGAUUUACAUGUUCAUUAGCCCAAGAAAGGGCUGUUUAUUAAAUAUUACCAGGCAUGGGACAGGUUGUGAGAACUGACGUGAGGAGGGGCUGGGGCAUGAGUCUUGUGCGUUACAGAUCCUUGUGAUCUUCAAAGAAGGGCCUCGGCAAGAGGUGGCUCUUUUUAAGAAGAUUCAGCCUCAGUAAUAGCGGACUUUGGUGGGAUUUUCCUUUUUAGCUAAUGGACUAAGUACUGUUAUUUUAGUUUGAGUAGCUCUAGUUUCUCCCUGUCUUGUUUUCGUUUAAGAAUGAUAAAUAGCCCAGUUAGGACAGACAUCCUAAAUUGAAGAGGAUCCUUUGUGAGGAAUGAAGUUUUUCUCUUGCAUGUUUUGUUCCCCUUUUCUAAAAGCAAACAAAUAAAAAACCCUCAACUAUUUGAAAGCUCUCUCUUUUUCCUUGGACACUGAAGAAAUGCAAAUGUCAAGAAAGUUGAGAAAAGAAACAAAGGAGUCUUAUCCAGAUUUAUCUGGGAACUCAUGAAAGGGUAGCCAGAGCUAUUUAUAGACGUGAAGAAAGUAAGUGCAUUGUUCUAGAUCAGCUGUUAUAUUUCCCAGAAAUUUAGUUUCCCAUUUAAUUUCGCAUGCUCAUACUUCUAAGUCAAGGUUUAGCAUUUAGAUGCUCUUAACACUGACCUUCUAUACACAUGCUUGUGCAGUGAUUCCUCAUGUCUCUGUUUCAUUUUUAAGAGCUACGUAAAAAUACUUUUUCUUCACCUACUGCUGCCCAGCUGCAUUUUUUGUUAAAUGAUUUUGUGCAUGCGCGCACAGACGUUUGUAAGACUUAAUUGCUGAGGAUUUUUGCAGUUGGUCAUUUUCUGAGGACAAAUCAACUGCAGUUUUGGGGUAAAAAUGGUAAAAAGGCUCUGGAUAAGACAAGACUCAGGGGAAAUCAUAUCAAUGUAUAGGAAUGCCUGACGGAGGUGGGGAAUGAAGAAGAAUCUGACUGCCUCCUCUUAGUGAUGCCCACGGACAGGACGAGAGGCAGUGGGCACAAACUGAAUCACAGGAGACUGAACACAAGAAGGCAGUUUUUUAUGGUGAGGGUGACCAAGAGAGUCUGUGGAGUCUCCAUUCUUGGAGAUACUCAAAAGCUGUCUGGAUGUGGUCCUGGGUAACCAGAUUGAGGUGGCCCUGCUUGAGCGAGGGGCUGGACCAGAUGACCUCCAGGGGUCCCUUUCAACCUCAACCUCGCUGUGCUUCUGUGAUCUGAGACUUGCCAUUUGGUUGUUCUGUUUGUCACAGUGUACUGAUUGCUGAAGAUGGUUGGGUGGGGAAAAAGAAAUAAUACCUGUCUGAAGGAAAUUACAAUGUCGAGAACAGUCACAGGAUUCUUACUCAUUUGUUUGUUUCUGUUUUUGUUGUUUUUUUUUUAAGGGAAGUAAUUUUUCUUGGUUUAGGUUAGUAGGGAAAUCGAAGUGUAACUUAUUAAAAUAAAAUUUUGGUACUGUAUUUGACAUACAGUUUUGCAAUGUACGACACACACGACCAGUUUACAGGCGUAUUAUUGUCACUCUGAAGUCUGAGUGUUAGACCAAGAACUAAGGUAAAUAUCUCUGUUCUUGCGUACUGGCAAUAGUUUCUGUUUAGAAAUGGAGUUGUCUAUAGUACAUUAGGGACAGUUUAGUUUGCAUAUUUUUUAGUAUUAGUUUACAUAGAUCUUCUAAUAAAUUGGGAUUACCAUGGCUUAGGUGCCUGUUGUUUCUGCCUGCUCUGUUGGAAACUGAGUAUAGUGGUUAGCUGUUCUUAUUGUCAAAACACAAAAAUUUGAACUCAAAUGAAAAAAAGGACUAGGUGUAUGAAACACUGAGCUGUCUGAGCAUUUUAGGGUGAUAGUGUAUAAUUGUGAAUUACCAUCAUUUUGUGCAUUUAUUUACCAUUACACCAUUGUCAAGAGCUGUUGGGUAGUGCAGUCCUCUGCCCACCACCAGGAGAUGGGUUCUCUCUAUCAGACUUUGGUCUCUUUAGAUUUAUUUUCUUCAGGGCAGUGCCACAGGUUUCUGCACGUAUACAGUCUUCUGAAACUAAUAGAGGCAAAUUAAAAAUAACUGGUUGUGACUUGGAAACUAAUGGCUAGUCUAUGCUCAGGAUUACUUUGGAAGAGUUUCUGGAAGUGAAUUAAAAUAACCAGGAAGCGGUGUGUUUGCACUUUCUGAUUUAAAUUUCAUAUACAGACAAGUCCUAAUUACCAGCUGUCCCUUGAGCCACCUUGGCAAAAUCAAUGUGAUGGUCUCGUUCUAGUUCUUCCUAGUGAGCAUAAAGCCACUGCAGCGCUUGAGCAUCUUGUGGCGUUUUGCAUUCAUCUCCUUACCAGGCAGAUAUUGGAGUCGGGGUGUGUCGAGACUGGCCUGAUCCCUGCAAGUGAGGUUUGUGAAGUGCCUGGGGAAAUCUGCUCACAUUUAUUCCGAUGUGCAGAUGAGAAGGAAUGGCAUCUUCAGGCCUCCAAAUAUAAAUGCCUGAACCCAGCACAUGGAUUUAAAAUAAUAGGUGUCUCUCUGCAAACACACCACACACACCCCCCAAAUAACCAGCAACAAAAUACUUGUACUGUGUUGAUGAAUUAAUAGUAUGUUCCCUUUUCUGCUGCAACAGUAGGAGUCCGACUAGGGUUACAACAAACUCCUACUGUGUUAACUUUUAAAGGGACUAAUUUCUAUAAAAGGUGGAAGAGCAGCAAUAGAGGGAGCAGUUCCAGACUCCAUCUGUAAAUAGCUCUGCUGUGCAUGCUAUGCCAAUAAGCUCCAGAAGCAAGUUAUGCCUGUUUUUUUAAUAUCGAGAAGGACAAAAGGGAUAAUUGCCUCUAAGCACAUUUUCUAUACCUGGAGGAUAUUUGUAUCAUCUAAUUUUAAAUAUCUAGGAUAGGUACUAAAGUUAGGAAGCUGGUCUCCUAGAGUCCCUUCACUCUGGAGAGGCAGCUUCCUCCACUCGGUAAUUCAGAGCAGGAGACCAUUCUUAAAUUGAGGUCUUGAAUUGACCUCUGGAGAAGCUGAGGGACCACGUUGACCACGUAAAACUUCUAUUGGAAACUAGUUUCCUGAGCUACGCGUGCAAUCCUAGCAUGUGUGGAUUUGGAAUAGGAUGCUCCCUAUUAGUCCCCUAGCUCUCUUGCUUCCAUCAAAAGCCACCAGUUUCUUUGUUCUGUUGGUUGAACUGUAUCUGAUCACUCCCUACAAAAUGUCUAAAACUAGAAAACCUUUUGUUUUCUAGUAGUUGAGUGUUUAAAGCUUUUUGCUUUUUUUGGUGGUUGUUAUUUUUUUGGUUUUGGGGGUUUUCUUGGUUUUUGUCACCCUCCCAAGUCAGAUAUUAAAGCCAGCAGAUGGAAGAGGGCAUUUAACUUCAGUGAAAUUGUAGGUGGGAGGACAUUGCUUGUGCAAAUGUUUUAAUUCAAAUUAGCAUAAAUGAGGACAGCCACUCUUGCUUGUGUUCCAAGGCUCCUUAGCUUUUAGAUAGUUCACCUCUGUACUGUUGUUGCAAAAGUGUCCAAACCGAGGUUGUUUACUUUCACCUUAUAAUGGUGGUUCAAGCCCUAAAGUAUAAAAUGCUACUGUGAACAGAUGAGAACAUGCAAGUCCUAACCAGCUUCAAUAAGAUUCCUAAGUAAGGUCCUUUGAGCAACAGAUGUUAGACGGUUUAGGUUGGAAAGGCUAAUAAGAGUAUAUUUAAAGCAUGGUGAAGGCAGUGGUUAGCUGUCCUGGUUUCGGCUGGGAUAGAGUUAAUUUUCUUCACUGUGGCUGGUACAGUGCUGUGUUUUGGAUUUAGUAUGAGAAUACUGUUGAUCACACAGUGAUAAACACAGCACUCUACCAGCUACCAGAAAGAAAAUUAACUCUAUCCCAGCCGAAACCAGGACAUCAGCAAAACCAGGAGUGGGGGUAGUUCAUGAAUGUUGUUUUCAUUAGUUUCCUGAUACUAAGCUACGUGGACCCACAAAGCUCAAACAUCCACUACAUUGCACCACUGCAGUCCGAUAUAUAGUCAGUAUUCCAAGAGUUGCGCCUGUACGUGCAAUAUUAGAUUCCAGAUUUGUUCUCUGUGCUGUCAUUCGGGCAGUCAUACAUUCAGCAUUAACCCCUUCUGUUGUUUUGUGCUCCUCGUAGUAUACUAGCAGCGUUUACCUUAGCAUCUUCUGUAUAUUUGUUUUCAAAUAUCCCACUCUGAGGUUUGUGCAUUUUAUUAUAUUUAUGCAGGUACUUGAUUACAUUUCAAAGCAAAGACCAGUCGUAAAUGGCAGGUAUGUUAUUAGUGUGUUACUUCUCUUCAGAUUCGACUACUGCAUCUUCUCUCUCUGUGUAAACCCAAAGGUCUCUGUGCAUGUGCAGACACAGCUCAGGCACGGAUACCUGGCUGCUCCUCCUUUAAAUACCUUUGACUCGUACCACUCAGUAUGUUUUUGUGGUAUAAGGUAAGGGUUUACUUGAACAUGCGUAAAACAGAGAUGCUAGGCCUAUAUUUAUAAGUGAUUGACUUUGUAAUGGAGAAAUCAUCUAAUGCCUUAUACAGCUAACUCAAAGGUAGGGGGUUUUUUAAUCUUCACAAGUUAAUUACAUAUUUACACACCAAUUAUUUCUAUUUAGUAAAUGAAGCCUGGUUUAUUCUGACACGUUGAGUCAUAUAAAAUGUUGUAGUACUGUGUUGUACAGGUUUUUUUGUCUUACUGCCAGUAUAAAGAGGUUGAAAUUAAUGUCCUCACUGAGUUGUCAGUGUCUGCUAAUUCAGAGAUGACGGAAGUGUGUUCAGAUGUAUUCAACCUAUAAUAUUUAUCUUGCUUUGCACUUAAUUUGUUUCCCUUUGACUGUGUUGAAAAAUACCAAGUGUACAUAAAAUAAUGAAUAAAUAAAACAAAAAUAAAUUGUCUACA